AUGGCGCCAACUUCAACUGGAGAGAGCACCACAACCACAAACCAAGAUGCAGAUUCCCAAUCGACACGGCGAUCUACUCGAACUGUCAAGCGCAAUGCUGGAAAAACCUCGGCGCUCGAUAAAAUAAGAAAAUUUCGUGAGACUGGAGAGAGAUCAACGUUUGAGGUUGGAAACCUUGAUGAUGUUUAUCAGGUGGUGAAUGAAGAUGAAUACUCUGACAUUGUUAGAAAACGACAGGAGGAUGACUGGGUGGUUGAUGAUGAUGGGACAGGAUAUGUGGAUGAUGGACGAGAAAUAUUUGAUGAUGAUCUUGAUGACGAGCCGCCAACUGGAAAGAAUGUCCCCAAAUUCAAGCCAAAGAGGCCGAACGUGAAAAAGCCAACAGUGAAACCAAAGACAAUUAACAAGAUGUUGCUGGCUGCAAGUGCCAAAGCAAAGAAAGUCAAGCAACCAAGACCAGCUCCAGUGAAAUAUUCAAAGGGAACACCACAAGUUUUAAGAACUCCAACAUCAGCUUUGCCAACUGGUAGCACUCCAAGACGACUUCAGCAAUCAUCUGGGCCACGGCAGAAUAUUUUUAAAGUUGAACCAAGAUCACCGCCCAAAUUCAGCCAUGCCAAAAAUCUUCCAGCUAAGAGGAAAACUGUUGUCAAGGUUGAACCAACUGAGAGAGGGGAGGGGAGGUACAGUGGGAUGGUCGGAGACCCAUCAAGAGGAGAGGAUGAUGAGAGUUGUGAGACAGCAAUGGAUAUGGAUUUAGAUGAUCCUAUUAUGGGUUGUGAUGACUUUGGAGAUGACGACCUUGGUGAUGCAGAAGCAAUCCAGGCAUUAACAAAUGUUGAGACAAAUCCUGAUGAAAAACCCACUACAAAAGUGAAGGUUGAAACAAUUGAGAAGAAGACUGACAGGAAAUGUGCUCUCCCUCAAAAAUCAACAGAAAUUUCUGGUGAUUCAGCCUGGGAGACAAUUCUCGAGAAUGAAGAAUCACAUCAAGAGGUUCUGUUGGAUGUCAAUGUAGAUUCCUCCUCCCUCCCUCUUCAGGAAUUUGAGGGAGAAAAAGUCCUCAAGUUCUUCUGGUUUGAUGCCUAUGAAGAUAGAUUUAAACUGCCAGGUACUGUUUACUUGUUUGGAAAAGUCUGGAUUGAAUCUGCAAAAACUUAUGUCAGUUGUUCUGUGGCAGUCAAGAACAUAGAGCGCCAGAUCUUUAUUCUUCCACGAGAAAAGAAACAUGAAGUUGAUGGCACUGUGACAAAUGAACCAGUCAGUUUUCUGGAUGUGUAUCAGGAAUUCAACGAGAAGAUUGCAACAAAACACAAAAUUAUGAAGUUCAUCUCAAGGAAAGUUCAAAAAGCUUAUGCUUUUGAAAUUGAAGAUGUCCCUGUCACAUCUGAGUACAUGGAGGUCAGAUAUUCAGCAGAUGGCCCUCAGCUACCAUGUGACUUGUCUGGACAAACAUUCAGUCAUGUAUUUGGUACUAAUACUUCCAGUCUUGAGCUUCUUUUACUGAACCGCAAGAUGAAAGGACCGUGUUGGCUCAAUGUCAAGUUACCGCAGCUUCCUCAACAGCCAGUCAGCUGGUGCAAAGUAGAGGCUGUGAUCCCUAAACCUGACCUUCUUGAAGUAGCAAGUCAACAAGAUCCUCCACCACCUAUGGUUGUCAUGAGCCUCAGUUUUCGGACAAUGUUGAACACCAAGACUCACACACACGAGAUCUUAGCUGUGUCAGCUCUGGUACACCAUGAAGUUUCAUUAGACAAAGCUGCACCUAAACAGAAGUUUCAGUAUCAUUUCUGUGCUGUAAGUAAACCCAACGAUCAGAUGUAUCCUUACGACUUCAGGGAUGCUGUCAAAAAGAAGCAAAUAAACAUGGAGAUUACGACGUCAGAGAGGGCUCUUUUAGGACUGUUUAUGGCCAAGAUUCACAGAAUUGACCCAGAUGUAAUUGUGGGUCAUGACAUCUACGGGUUUGAUCUUGAUCUUCUGAUGCAUAGAAUCAGUGCUUGUAAGAUUCCCCAUUGGUCUCGCCUUGGACGGCUGAAGAGAAGCAUCAUGCCGAAGCUUUCUAAUGGCGGGCCAGGCAGAGGCAACAGUCUUCUCGAUCGUUCCAUAACUUCUGGACGAAUGGUGUGUGAUGUGAAGAUUUCAUCAAAAGAACUCAUACGAUGCAAGAGUUAUGAUUUGACAGCAUUAUCGUGGGCUGUUCUUCAAUCAAGAAGAGAAGAGAUUGAUCAAGAUGAAAUACCAAACAAAUACAACUCCACGCAGGAAUUGCUUCAUAUGUUUGAACUAACUUCGAUGGAUGCACUCUUAACUCUAAGGAUCAUGUAUGAUCUAAACGUUUUGCCCCUGGCUUUGCAGAUAACAAACAUUGCUGGAAAUGUUAUGACUCGAACACUUCUUGGUGGCCGAUCAGAGAGAAAUGAAUUUCUUUUGCUUCACGCCUUCAACGAAAAGAAUUUUAUCUGCCCAGAUAAAAGUUAUGGCAAGAAACAAGUGGUCGAGGCAGACCACGAUGAAGACGAACAACCUUCGACUUCCAAGAAAGGACGAAGAAAACCAGCGUAUGCCGGGGGACUGGUGUUGGAGCCUAAGAAAGGUUUCUACGACAAACAUAUCUUGCUGCUGGAUUUCAACAGUUUAUACCCGUCCAUUAUACAGGAAUACAACAUUUGCUUUACUACAAUCAACAGAACAAGCUCCAACUCUAAGGGGCUAGCCGAAGAAGAGGAAAUGGUUGAGUUACCUGAUCCUGAAUUAGAACCUGGCAUUCUGCCUACGGAGAUCAGGAAAUUGGUGGAACGAAGAAAACAGGUGAAGGGAAUGAUGAAAAACUGCGCUCGUGAUUCAGAUCAGUACCUGCAGUAUGAUAUAAGACAAAAGGCCUUAAAGCUUACUGCAAACAGCAUGUAUGGCUGCUUAGGAUUCUCCCAUUCAAGAUUUUAUGCCAAGCCACUGGCUGCCCUGGUUACGAGCAAAGGCCGAGAGAUUUUGCUUAAAACAAAGGACCUGGUUCAAAAUUUGGGUCUUGAUGUGAUUUACGGAGACACAGACUCAAUCAUGAUCAACACAAACACGACAGACCUGGUAGAAGUACGCAAGAUCGGAAACAAGGUAUGCAAUUAACAUGUAACUCUCUUUGCCAUAUCAACCAGUGUAAGUGCAUUAUUUUAUGCUCUAAUUCCUUUAUUCUUUCUCUCAAGGUACGCUGCAAUCAGUAUUUCAGAGAAUGAGGAUGGAACAUUGAAUGAAAUCAAGGAGAUGAAAGGUUUGGACAUUGUGCGGAGGGACUGGUGCGAUCUCGCGAAGGAUUCUGGGAACUACGUUCUGGCUCAGAUCUUGUCAUCACAACCCCGUGAAACGAUUGUGGAGAAUAUUCACGACUAUCUUAUAUCAGUUGGAGAGAAUGUUGCCGAGGGCAAAGUGGACAUUCAGAAGUAUAUCAUAAACAAGCAAUUGACUAAAUCUCCCCAUGACUACCCUGACAAGAAGUCGCUCGCUCAUGUCAAUGUGGCCUUGCGGAUGCUUAGUAAGGGAAGAAAAGUCAACGCUGGCGAUACCAUACCCUAUGUCAUUUGUGAAGAUGGCUCGUCGCUGGCUGCCACUCAACGUGCCUACCAUCCUGAUGAAUUCUGCAAGUCUGAUACACUGAAAAUCGACGUGAAGUAUUAUCUGGCAAAUCAGGUUCACCCUGUUGUGUCUCGUUUGUGUGAUCCUAUCGACGGCACGGACGCCGCUCACAUCGCACAGUGUCUAGUUUUAAAAUUUUUAAUGUCACAGGGAUGGCAAAAAUGCGACGACCCGUCCUGUGGUUACACCACUCGCCAGGUGCCCCUGACACUUCAGCGGGGCGCCCCCAUGUGCACGUCCUGUUUCAGGGCUCAUUUACAUCCAGCGUAUUCAGACACGGCGCUGUACACACAGCUCUUGUAUUACUCACGCUUGUUCGACUAUGAGUACGCCCUCAAGAAUUCCAAGGAAGAAAUAAAGAAACUGCCACUCGACAAGCGCACUGCUACGCCAUUUUACACCGCUGUUCACUCAACAGUUUCCAGAGUUCUGAACGCCAACGGUUAUUCUGAAGUGAACCUUUCCAAACUGUUUAGUGCUUUCUUCGCAGUGGAUAAAUAGAUAAUUCUGUAAAGCUGGAAAAUAAUUAUUUCAUUCAGAGCAGCUUUCAAAUGGCGUGAAGUCGUUUUGGGUUUUCCUGCGAAUUUGCCGAGUUGUAUUAUUGGUUGAAAGAAAACAACGCGCGCAUCGUGUUGUAGCCAAUCGGGUUCAAGAUGUGUAACUAAUCAGUUGUAAUCAAGACAGCACACGCGAAAUUACCCGCGCUUUCCCAUCGCAAGUGGGUGAUAUGUUUUGUUGCCUUUAUCACAAUUAACCCAUAAAUACGAGACGACGCAAUUGUCUUAAUAAGCUUUGUAGUUAUGUAGUGUAUUUUUCUUCUCGAGGUCAAUCGUUUGAAUAAGUUUCUACCAUCCAAAAAAUCCUAUGCAUUAAAAAUCUCACCAACUUAUUGUCUUGCUUCGCGUACAAUUCUAGAAUUUUCUUGAUAAAAUGCUGGCCAUGUUAUCUCAGUUUACGCUGGUGAUCGAGUGUGAAAAAUACUGAGUUGUUUUACCAUAAACAUUUACGAUAUUGUAACUUCAUAUUGAAAGGUGAAAUAAAUGAAAUGUUCCUUAGUGAUAUA